AUGGUCGUUGCAUUCGCCGAUGUUGCCAAGGCCCCCAAGGAUCUUUUCAAGAAGCCCUUCAAUGCUGGCAAGACCGAUAUUGACAUUAAAUCGGGUAUCUUCACCUUGAAGAACUCCGUUGCCGGCGACAAGCUCAAGAGCGAGCUUGAAUUCAAAGCUGAAGAUGCCCUCCUCGGACUUGGCAAGGGUUUCACUCUUCCUUUGACCAAGAAAUACGACGGCAAGACUGUCAAGCUUGAGUUCAAGAAGGCCUUUGAUAGCAAUGGCAACAAGCUCAAUGUGGACUUCAAUACUAACAUCGUCCCUGAGUCUGCUGCCUACAGCCACACGCUCAAGACGAAGAUCACUGGUGCCAACUUCGUCGCUGGUGUCGACCUCUCUGUCGACAACCCAGCCGGCGCUACCUUCCACGCUUGCACUGCAUUGAAGAACAACACCAUCGGUGUCUCUGGCUCCCUCUCCGACCCCACUGCGCUCAAUUACAUCUAUAGCCCAUGUGGAGGUCUUUUCUUCGAGACCAACUUGAAGAACCACACUCUUCACCUUUACAAGAAGAGCGGUGAUACCGCUGUUGCCACCCGAGUCGGAUUUGCCUGUGGUUCCGCUGACUCUUCUUUCGCCCUUGCCGUCAAGAAGUCCUUGGCUUCCGGCGCAGACCUCUCCAUCAAGGCCGACCAGUCUGGUUCCAUCGAUGUCGCUCACGUUUCCAACCUGAGCGAUGGCGUUAAGAUGACCCUUGGAGCGAACUUCAACUCGCUCAACCUCGCCGCUGCUCCCAAGUUCGGCGCUGGCUUCGAGUUCAACUUCUAA